GGCGGAGUCAAUCACAAGGUCUAUUGUUUUUGUUCGUUACAGUCGAAUAGAGAGAAAGUGCAGUUUGCGUUUAAAAACAACAACAAAAUAACGACACCAAACCUAGGGCUCAGAGCGACGCUUAUUCAGCGACUGAUCCCGCUAUAUCUUUACCUGACAGGAACGUUUGAAAGGGGAUGCUGCUGUGGAGAGAAACAUUAUUUCUUAGUCGCCCCUCGGAUAUUUUGUUUCGGUUCGGUGGGUGCUCUGAAACUGCGACGAGUUUUUUAAUACAAGCCUCCCAGAAAAGUGGACGAAUACAACGACCGAACCCGCCCCGAUACACUUCGUGCUGAAACAGAACCGAACCUAACCACAACUAUCUCAUCCGGACUGUUUUACCGAAACAGAUAAAACAACAAUAUUAUUCCAUGCGCUGAGUUUGUGACACCGUGAUUUUCAACCGAGCAAGUCAUUUACAUUUCUGCAAACGCUUAAUUAUUGUGAAGAAGUGCUGAGUGAUCUCAUCCAAACAUGAAACUCCUAGAGAACUCGAGCUUUGAGGCCAUCAACUACCAGCUGUGCAUUGAGACUGGGGACUCGAAUAUCAUUGGCAGGAUCGAGAGCUACUCCUGUAAGAUGGCAGGGGAUGACAAGCACAUGUUCAAGCAGUUCUGUCAGGAUGGUCAGCCCCACGUCCUGGAGGCCCUGUCCCCCCCUCAGACCAGUGCAGUCAGCCCCAGCAGACUGAGUAAGAGCAGUGAGGAUUCAGAGAGCCCGCUGAGUGAUAAGUGCUGCAGGAAGACUCUGUUCUAUCUGAUCGCCACACUCAAUGAGUCCUUCAGACCAGACUACGACUUUACCACGGCCAAGAGCCACGAGUUCAGCAGAGAGCCCAGCCUCAACUGGGUGGUGAAUGCAGUGAACAGCAGCCUGUUCUCAGCAGUGGGGGAGGAGUUUAAUAACCUGAAGCCUGAGCUGUGGAAUGCUCUGGACCAGGAGAUCUGCCUGCAGGAGUGUGACAUCUAUAGCUAUAACCCUGAUCUGGACUCCGACCCCUUUGGAGAGGAUGGCAGCCUCUGGUCCUUCAACUAUUUCUUCUACAACAAGAAGCUGAAAAGAAUUGUCUUCUUCACCUGCCGCUCAGUUAGUUUCAUGAGCGGGUGUGGUCGGGACAGCCUUGGAAACGAGUUGGACAUGGAGCUGGAGGACGAGAUGGAUGAUGAGACAGACAACUUUGAGGAGGACAGUUUCCAUCAGGCGGUGUGUGUCUAGCAAGAUGGAGUCACCGCCCCAUUUCUGAGGGAGUGAGACCCUCCACAGCAGAGCAGCUCAUCGCCAGAAUCUUUCAGUCUCUCUCCCUCUCUAUCUUCAUCUCAGGCACUGCAAUUAUACAGCAUUCUCGCUUGCUUGCCAGGACACAGUGGUUUAUUUUGUAGCCUUCUGCCCAGCAAUAACUCUGAAAUGGGAGACCAGUUUCUGUAUGGGACUUUAAUCCAGCUCAACACUUUGGAUUUCCUGUAUAGGCAUCUCUUUGUCUUCUGAAGCAGCUAGUGACUAGCCAGAUCCCAGGAACUGUGACUCCAAACUCGUAGAAACAGAGACAAAGCAACUCCUGGAGACUCAUGGUCUAAACAAGAUUUUUGGAUUUGUCAGGGUUCAUUACUGCAGUAAUACGUCCUCAAGUCAGAAGAUUGACAUUUUUUACUUUUUAACUUUAUUAAAACUGGUAAACACCACACUUUUAGGGCAUGCAGCAACUUGAUGCUGUUGCUCUACACUACGAAUUUGUGGGCUUAGCAAUGUUCACAUUAAUUGUCUAUUGCAGAUUAAGUGAUUUACCCAUAAACAUGGUCUGUAAGUUGAUUAUCUGGUCUGUGUGGCUCACAAGAAAACAUAAGAAUGACAAGAAGCUUGUUGGCCCAACAGUGCUUGCCCGCUGAAAGUUGGAGGUAUCCCUGCUUCUGUCUGGAUGUCUGCUCCUGUUUCCACAGCAGGGUUAUGUUUUUAUUUAAUUUUUUUUAAUUGGGGUGGAAAAUGUCUGAUGUUUGAGCAGGAUCCAUAGUUAAUCACGUGUGCGUACCGUGAAUCUCUCCACAAAUCAGGAACUCUUAUUUUGAGACUUCUGUCUGCAGUAGUGUUUAUGAGAUGGAUGCAAUAUUAUUAUUAUUAUAUGAGACUGGAGAGCUCUGCCAGCAGAUCUGAAGAGGCUGUCCCUUCAGAGAGGAAUGUUUGAAAGCCAGAUCCUUUUUCAAUAUGCCCAGUGAGUUCUCCAUGGUACUGGCAGCUUUGACAACAAGGAGCCAUUCAGUGAUUUUUAAAGGACUCCUCUUGCUUUCCGAUAAACCAAAUAAAAGAGACUUCUUCUUAUUCUUUAUAUUUCCUGGUCUCUGCAGCGUGGUGACGCUGGUGGCACUGCACUGAGCUAUUGUUUUAUUUUAUUGCUUGCUUUUUAUAAUGUUUUAGGUCCAGGUCUGAUUGCAAGCUAGGAGAGGCCACUGUGAACGGCACAAGAAGAACUGAACAGCACCCUUGCAGGCCUGGAAGGUUUUAGAGGAGUUUUUGCACCUUCCAGAGUGACAAAUUAAAACAAACACUGCAGGCUUAAAGUAAGUGUAGCUAACAAAAGCAUUUCAUUCAUCUAGCGUGCUGUGAACUGCAUUUGAAAUGCAUGUUACAGCAAACAUGUAUUUUCAUUUAAAAAAAAAAACAAAAAAAAACACAAAUACUACUAUAGGUUAAAGAGAGUUAACUGUUUCUGUGUCUUAUUUUCAGCAAAUUUUGCACUUCUUGGGUCAUUUCACCUCCGCAGUGAUGUUACUGGCCUAAAAGCAUGUCAGUCAAAAGGGAAAACAGCUGGUGGGUUAAUGACCUCAAAGAAGCCAUUGAAAGGCUUGGGGUAAUUUUACACUUCAAGCAAGUGCAAUACUAACUGAAAGCAUGACUUGGAAACGUUUCUUUAAUCAAGUGUAGUACCAGAUAAGAUUUAAAUAAAACAUGUCCUGGAACUUUCAGAGCUGCAGACUUAAGACCUGUGUAGCUAAAGAAGUGCACAACAGGUCAGAUCUAUGGAAUUAUUUGAACUACAAUCAGUUUAAAUUGCCCUCCUACUAUUUGGUUGCAAUGGCGAAUGUGCUGGUUGCAGUUGUUUUUGUAUUCCUAUUUAUUAUAUGGUUUGAAUACUUAAGACUCUGUUGCCCUGCAGUUUCAACCAUCGCAGCUCAGAGACUGCUAUUUGUUUAUUGCAUUUUUAUAGAGCUUUUUAUACAAAAGUAUCAUAAAGCCCUGUAUGACAGUGCAGCUGCUUGCGAUAGAAAUUAAUAGAAUGUUUUUCAGUGUUUCAGCCUGGGGUGCAUAUGUGUGUGUGUUGUUUUUUUCUACAUUUUUUUAAAUGCAUAUGUGAGAAAUGAUUCCUGAUAAAAUGGGGCACUAGUGAAAUAGAAGAUGCUCUUCAUUGAGUAAGCAGCAGUGUAUGAGUACAUUUUAAACAAGCAGCAUUUGGGCAAGUACAGUAUAUUAUAAUAAUCUCCUUUUUAACAUUUGAAUACCGCAUAACAUUUGUGUUUGUCUGUCUUUUUUUAGAACUGAGGUUUUUGCAUUGAAUUUGUUUUGUUUUAUGUAAUCUUAUAGGCAGUUCUGUUUUGUUCUUUUUAAUCUGCUUUGUUCACCUACUGAUGGUGCAUGAAUGAAUAAACUCUGAUUUAAUGUAA